UAAAGCAAGCUGAGCCAUAUUAAAUCCAGCAGUUUCCCUGGUAGAGGAAACCUUCAACAAGGUCCCGGACAUGAAUCUCUUCAUUUAUGUCCUCCUUUUAUCAAUUUGGACAAAUAGUUGUUUAGAUAGACAAGAAAACAAUGGAUCUGAUACUGCAGCAGCUACACCUGUUGAAUCCAGGCAGAGAAGAAUCGAAGCAGUACAGCACCUGCUACUCAUUUUCAUAAUUGCUAUCAUCAUCAUCAUCAGCUUUAUUUUAAGAUGUUAUUAUUUUAUUCACUAUGGCUGUAUGAGCAAGAAAGCCUAUGAUGCAGAAGCAGUAAUCACUAGAGACAAGAAAGAAGACAUCACCAAAGCAGCCACAUCAUCUAAAAUAUCAUUCACUGAGUCCAAGUCACCGACUGCUGGUCCAGGCAAUCUAGAAAAACAAUCAGUGCUAUUUAGUAUAGAUAAGUCAUCUGGGCCCUCAACUCCACAAAAAGUCUCUGUUCCUUCAAAUGUAGAAAAGUUAGUCAGGCCCUCGAGUCAACAAAACCCAUCCAAGCCAUCAAAUCCCAAAAAAGUGUUAGGAUCAGUCCCCCAGGAAAAGUUGCAUAGAACACAUAGUCCAAAAAAGGCACAUAGGCAGUCUCAUGCCCAUAAGCUAGUCGGUCAGGUCAGUCCAUCCUAUGCAAAGAAAGCCAUCAAGCCAACUUGGUCAUCAAGUCUACAAUGUCCAGUCAAGCCAACCAAAAUGUCUCCACCCUAUCCAAAGAGUCAAAGUGUCCCUGUGCAAUCAAGUAUACCAAAACUGACCAAACUCCAGAGAUAUCUUAACCUAAAAAGCCUGGCUAGUGAAGGUAGGGCAGAAAUACUAUCUAGGCCUCAACCAGUGAAGUUUUGUCCAUACCACAAGGAAAAGUGCCUUGUUUGCUGUGCUGUUUCUGAGCCAUUCACUCAUAUUUCAGAAGAGAAUAUGAAGCACGUUCCNCAGGACGAUCCUUUGGAGGAGGAAAUA